CUCCUCUCUUCUAUUCCCUCCGACGAAAAAGACAAAAUCCUCCUCGACACCCGAAACCACUACGAAUCAUCCCUCGGCCAGUUCACCACACCAACACUCGCCCCUCACCUCCCGCCCAUCCGAAAAUUCUCCUCACUUCCAGCAUACCUUGAACCCGCCAAAUCCACCUGGGAAGGAAAAGAGGUAAUCACAUACUGUACGGGUGGAAUCAGAUGCGAGAAGGCGGCGCGUUAUAUCGCGGAUACAUUACCGGUACGGCGGGUAUACACUCUACAUGGCGGAAUUCAGUCCUAUUUGACGUGGUUUUCGGAGCAGUUGAGGUUGGGGUUGGUUAAGCCUGAGCACUCGGUAUGGAAGGGGAGGAAUUAUGUGUUUGAUGCACGGGGGAGUACGGGGAUUGAGGGUGAUGAAGGGCGAGUAGGCAUGAUUGGCAAAUGCGGAUUGUGUGGGAAGGAGGAGAGUGCGGAGGUUGUAGGGAAGUGUGCGGUGAAGGGGUGUCAUCUCGUCGUGUUGGCAUGUAAGCCGUGU